UUGCCGCGGAGUGGGUUCGCGCUUUGUGCCAACGCCCUGUAGCAGCGACGCUGUUCCUCGCGCCUGCGACGGGAGCGGCUUUCUGUCUCUCUCUCUCUCUUCCUCCCCCGCCCUCCUCCUCCUUCCUCUCCUUCCUUCCGUCCUUCCUUGCUUCCUUCCUUCCGAGCGCAGUCGACUUGAGCAGAAGGCGCGCGCCGGCACGGCCUCGCGCCCCCCUCAGCCUCAGCAGCGGCAGCAGCAGCGGCGGCGGACUCAGGUUUUCUGGUGCCUUCUCUUGACUGUGUGAAAGGCCUCUCUCUCCUCCCCAAGCCAGUUGUCUCGCUGCUUAUACUGCUGCUGGCCAACAUGGAGAAGACCGAGAUGAUCCAGAAGGCCAAGCUGGCUGAGCAGGCGGAGCGCUAUGAUGACAUGGCUACCUGCAUGAAGGCAGUGACAGAACAGGGCGCUGAAUUGUCCAAUGAAGAACGCAACCUGCUUUCUGUGGCAUACAAGAAUGUUGUAGGGGGGCGGCGCUCUGCUUGGCGGGUGAUCUCUAGCAUUGAGCAGAAAACCGAUGGCAAUGACAAGAAGAUGCAGCUUGUCAAGGACUACCGAGAGAAAGUGGAAUCUGAGCUUAAGUCCAUCUGUACUACAGUUCUGGAACUGCUGGACAAAUACUUAAUAGCUAAUGCAACUAAUCCAGAGAGCAAGGUGUUCUACCUGAAGAUGAAAGGAGACUACUUCCGAUACCUUGCAGAAGUUGCAAGCGGAGAUGACAGAAAACAAACAAUAGAAAAUUCACAGGCUGCUUACCAGGAAGCAUUUGACAUCAGCAAGAAAGAGAUGCAACCCACACAUCCAAUUCGUCUGGGUCUAGCGCUUAACUUCUCUGUGUUUUACUAUGAGAUCCUCAACAACCCAGAGCUGGCCUGCACAUUGGCAAAGACAGCUUUUGAUGAAGCCAUCGCUGAACUUGAUACACUGAACGAAGACUCAUACAAAGACAGCACUCUCAUCAUGCAGUUGCUUAGAGACAACCUCACAUUAUGGACAUCAGACAGCGCAGGAGAAGAAUGUGAUGCUGCAGAAGGAGCAGAAAACUAAAUUGCGUAUGGAGUGUCAUUCCCCUUCUCAAGAAACCUUUUUACACGUCUCAUUCCUUAUAGCUCCACUUGGAUUUCCUAUAGCAAAGAGAACCCAUCCAUGUGUAUGGAAAUCAAUUUAUAGUCUUUUCACACUGCAGCUUUGGGAAAACUCCAUUCCUUGAUUUGUGUUUGUCCUGGCCUUCCUGGUGUGCAGUUACUGCUGUAGAAAAGUAUUAAUACUGGCUUAAUUUCAUAUAAACAUAAGUAACUUCCAAACACUUAUGUAGUGGACUAAAGUUUGUCUGGUAUUUAAAAAGAAAUUUGAACCAGUUCCUACAAACAACUGUUUUUGUAUUGCCAUAAAAGACAUGACCAUGUAGUUGAUACAACUAAAAAGCAUCCAACCCAGUUCAAUUCCCUACAUUCCCUUUUUAUUCUUCAGGGGUUAUUUGCCGAUGUGACUUUCAUAUGCGAUUGCGUAUUCCUUCCUGUAGGAUCUGUGAGAAUUGGGCCAAAUGGGAAGCAUAACAGAUGCUGCUGACAUGUACAGUUGGGGGGGAAAGUAUUUAGUCCAGUACCAAUUGUACAAGUUCUCCCACUUAAAAAGAUGAGAGAGGCGUGUAAUUGACAUCUCAACUACGAGAGACAACAUGAGAAAACACAUUAAGAAAAUCACAUUGUCUGAUUUUUAACUAGUUUAUUUGCAAAUUAUGGUGGAAAAUAAGUAUUUGGUCCAUAACAAAAUUUCAUCUCAACACUUUAUAUAUCCUUUAUUGGCAAUGACAGAGGUCAAACAUUUUCUGUAAGUCCUCACAAGGUUGGCACACACUGUUACUGGUCUGUUGGCCCAUUCCUCCAUGCAGAUCUCCUCAAGAGCAGUGAUGUUUUGGGGCUGCUCUUGGGCAACAUGGACUUUCAACUCCCUCCAAAGGUUUUCUAUAGGGUUGAGAUCUGGACACUGGCUAGGCCACUCCAGGACCUUGAAAUGCUUCUUACGAAGCCACUCUUUCAUUGCCCUGGUGGUGUGCUUGGGGUCAUUGUCAUGCUGAAAGACCCAGCCAAUGAGAGUUUCAUCUUCAGUACCGUUGCUGAUAAAGAGGUUUGCACUCAAAAUCUCAUGAUACAUAGCCCCAUUCAUUCUUUCAUGUGUAUGGAUGAGUCGCCCUGGUCCCUUGGCAGAGAAACAGCCACAAAGCAUGAUGUUGCCACCCCAUGCUUCACAGUAGGGAUGCAACUCGCCAUUCUUUCUCCUCCAACCACAAUGAGUUGUGUUUCUACCAAGCAGUUCUACUUUGGUUUCAUCUGACCAUAUUACAUUCUCCCAAUACUCUUCUGGAUCAUCGAAAUGCUCUUUAGCACACUUUAGUCAGCCCUGGAAAUAUACUGGCUUAAGCAGGGGGACACGUCUGCCACUGCAGGAUCUGAGUCCCUGGCGGUGGUGUAGUGUGUUACUGGUGGGAGCAGCCUUUGUGACGUUGGUCCCAGCUUUCUCUCUGCAGGUCAUUCACUAGGUUCCCCCUAGGUGUGGUUCUGGGAUUUUUGCUCACCGUUCUUGUGAUCAUUUUGACCCCGUGGGGUGAGAUCUUGCAUGAAGCCUCAGAUCAAGGGAGAUUAUCAGUGGUCUUUGUCUCUCUUCCAUUGUCUAAUUAUUGCUCCCACAGUUGAUUUCUUCACACCAAGCUGCUUGCCUAUUGCAGAUUCAGUCUUCCCAGUCUGGUGCAGGGCAACAAUGUUGUUUCUGGUGUCCUUUGACAACUCUUUGGCCUUCACCAGAGUGGAGUUUGGAGUAUGACUGCUUGAGGUUGUGGACAGGUGUCUUUUAUACUGAGAACAAGUUCAAAUAGGUGCCAUUACUACAGGUAAUGAGUGGAGGACAGAGGAGCCUCUUAAAGUUGUUACGGGUCUGUGAGACCCAGAAAUCUUGCUUGUUUGUAGGUGACCAAAUACUUAUUUUCCACCAUAACUUGCAAAUAAAUUGUUGAAAUUAAACAUUAUUUUCUGGAUGUGUUUUCUCAUGUUGUCUCUCAUAGUUGAGGUCUACCUAUGAUGUCAAUUACAGGCCUCUCAUCUUUUACAAUUGGUAUCUGACUAAAUAUUUCCCCCCACUGUAUGUACAGCAGGAUCUACUGAGUGUUUAAUACAGGGACUCUUUUUACUCUUCAGUUGCUGCUGUUCAACUGCUAUCCCCUCCCAAUAAAAAUCCACUUUACACUCCUG